AUGUCAGAACGCAUCAAGCGCCGCAAACUCAACCCCCAGACGGCAACAAGCCCAGAACCAGACCCAUCACCAACUCCGCCCAACUUCGAAACCAUCCCAGAAAAGAUCCUGCUCCAAAUCAUCACAUAUGUCCCCGGCCUCGACACCCUCUGGAACCUCCUCACGGCGUCACCGCGCUGCUUCCGACUCUUCAACAAUCAGCCCCUUAUCAUCAUCGAACAAAUCUUUUCCAGCCCGACGUCAAUCUUACCACCAAAGAUACAGGAACUCGUCCGUGCUGUUAUUCUCACUAGGGGCGGCGUCCUUCCGUUCAAAAACCUGAAUGAGUUCAAAUAUCGCUUCAUACAGCAUAAAAUACCCGUCCAAGUAGUCAAAGACAAGACAAGCAUUACUCUCGGUCCCGAAAGCUUAACAAACCGCGACAUACCAGCCUCAGUAUAUCGCUCCGUCGUCGCGACAGCGAUUCACAUCUCAGCCCUAGCACACGCCUGUCUAACAUUCUACCUCUCCCAAGUCCACAGCCCCAACAUCUUCGCCCCCCAACACGCACAGCUCCCGCUCCCGAAAUACCGUUUGCGGGGCUCGAAUCCUCCAGAGGGCGAUACAACGCCAGCAUGGCAUCAGGUUUUCUAUGGGUUGCCUUACGAGGUCGCUGAUGCUGGGCCGCCGAGCUGGGUGGAGGAAAUGCGCGCUGUGCGGGCGUUGUGGGUAAUUCAUCUAGUUGGAGACGUACGCUGUCUGGUCUUGAAGGAUUUGAGUUCAUCGGGAUGGUCGUAUGAUGAUAUCAAUAGGACGCUGCCGAAAUGGGCGGAUGCGCUUGCGCAGGAUGGAACCAUGAACAGUGGCGCUGAAGAGAUACGGACCGUGUUGGCAUAUCUCGAGAAGCUCGGCAUCACAAACAAGGGAGAACUAUUCUACAAACUACCAAAGUUGCCUCCCGACGCAAAGCCCGUCAAUCCAGUCCCUCCCCUCCCUGACCCCUGCGAAGCAACAUGGGGCGGCAUCGGCAUCAUCUUCAACUAUGGCCACAAAACCGUCAAACUACCCCCUCCUCCCGACGCCCUCCAACGCGCCUCAGGGGAGGGACGGAUGGAUGAUAGGGACCUUGAUUUCUAUUGCUUUGCGUGGGAAAGUUUGCUGGACAGGGAGUGGGUGAAGCAUGUGAGGAGGGUGUUGAGGGAGGGGGUGAGGUUGGAGGAAGAUGGUGGUGGAUCUGGAUCUGGAUCUGGAUCUGAGAAGGAUGAUGAUGACGACGACGACGACGACGACGAUGAUGAUGAUGAGUAA